UAGUUCAAACUAAAUAGAGAGUAGACCUAAUGUAGUAGACCUAGUACAAUGUAUAACCCAUAAACCCACACAUUGCUUAACACACAUGAAUGUGAGUUAAGAGGCACGUGAAUUACCCCAUCUAAUGCGAUUUAUAUAAAUCUCUGACGAACCCGAAUUGCAUAACUUGCCCCAAAAGCUCCUGGUUCAUUAUUUCCCUGUAAAUAUGCUGUGUCUGCCCGAGGCCAACCAUCAUUUCAACAAUCCACAGGCCAAAACAGUGGCCAGACGUGGUCGGUGCUAGUGAUUCUCCAGGGACCCUUUGGCUGUUUCAUCUGCAGUUGAAGAGAUGGAGAGAUUAGUUUUCUUGUUUUCUCUGACUGCCCUUGUUGUCCUUCACUGCAUGAACACCACUCCAGAGUUCCAAGACCCUGUUGUGAUACUGCAGAUUGGUAUUGCAGUGUUGGUGGUGGUGUGGUUCUUCUACUUCCUUAUCACCCGACGCAACCCGCCCAAAGACACCCUUUUCUAUGUGUUUGCUGAGUUUUCCUUCACUUGUGUCAUUGACCUUGUGAGUGCUAUGGAACAUGAUGGUUUUAUUUCCGGGUUUAUGGAAUUCUACCAGAAAACGGGAGAGCCCUAUCUGGGUACUGCCUAUGCCAUCAUGAUGUGCUACUGGGAUGGAAUAGUGCAUUUCAUCAUGUACCUCAUGAUGAUACAGCGCUUAUGGAACAGCAAGUCUUACCGCACCCUGGGUCUCUUCUGGGCUGGAUCGUUGUUUGCCAACAUGAGUGUCUUUGUGACAGGAAUUGUUGUAGGUAAAUUUGGGUCAGAUAUCCGUCCCGCCUUCUGGCUCAACAUGCCCUUCUUAAUGCUUCCAAUAUGGGGUGCGAUCAAGCUGUUCAACCAGCCCAAGAAUGGGCCAACACUCGGUGGAUACAGGGCCCACUAUGAUCAGAGUUUUAAUCUCAUCUGGCGCCCUACAGACCUUCUCCUGGUGCUGCUGCUACUGGGGGCCAUGGCCUUCACUCUCUUCAGGGGCUUGGUAGCUCUCGACUCCCCUCUAGAGGCCUGUACCAUCUACCUCCGCCAGUACGAGCCCUAUCUGAAGGACCCGGUGGGCUACCCCAAGGUUAUGAUGUUGCACUUCCUGUUCUACAUGCUGCCUAUGCUGGGUGCCUUCAUCUACGGACUCGUAGUGCCUGGCUGCACCUGGAUGCCCGACUGGACUGUAUUUGUUGCUGGAGGCGUUGCCCAGUGUCAGUGGGCCCACAUUGGGGCAUCCCUCCACCCACGUACAGUGGCCCCAUUCCGGAUCCCAGACGAGGCUUUCCUGGCUGUCCUGGCAGCCAACCUGCUGUACGCUGUGAUCCCCUCACUCAUCGCCAUGCGCUGCACCAGUAACACCAACUUCUUCUUGACCGUCACUAAACUUCCUGGGAUGGAGGGGAUGCCCUGGGUUCCUGAUGCUGACACCCUAGUCGAGAAGAAACACAAUUAAAGUUUACAUACUAAUAAAGUUACCAAUAAAGAUAUGCAAAUAGGUGUACAGAAUUGACUUCUAAUCUA